AUGCAAAACUCGUCGACAGCCCAACUCAGCCAACCAUACCGGAGCCCAUCGAACAGCCCCUCAUCGGUGAGCAUACACUCAAAAUUCUUGGCCAACUAUAAGCAACGGGACGUUUCGCCCCAAUCGCCGCCACUAUCGCCGGCCGACUCCGACCUCUCCGACCACAACCACUACACGGUGUCGCACAACCAGCACAACAACCAUCAGCGGCAACACCACCGGCCACAACAGGCCGCCAAUCAUAACCAACACCCGGUGCUACCGGUGCCCCACCGGCCGCCCAGCUCUACGUCUAGUGUUGGUGACCGCGAGAGCCGGUGCUCCGACUCGACCGUAGGCGACAGUUGUCGGCCACAAUCGGCCGCCAGUCGCUCGCCAUCGCCGGCCAACUCACACGCCUCGUCGUCGACGGCCGCCUCGCGGCUGAAGGCCAACGGCGAGUCGGGCGGAGGCAAGUCCUCGGAGCCCAACCCCUGUGCCGAGCUCUGCAAACCGCGAUGCAAUUGUCCGGAGCUCGAGCGGGUCGAGUGUCGGCUCGAGAAUAAGGACCUGUGGGACAGGUUUCACGAGUUGGGCACCGAAAUGAUCAUCACUAAGACCGGCAGGUAU